CUGGGCUCCAAUCCUGAUCAGUAUAGCCUGCCUUGCGUCGUUGAUCGGUUGUUGUGUCUGCUGUUGGUGCUGCUGCUGUCGUUCUGGUACCAGGGUCGGUGGUACUGUGGUUAUGUCUCCAGCUAAUCCAGGUGUGACGGUUGUUAAUACUACAAAUACGAUAUCAAAUCAAGCUCAACCAAUGCCAAACAUGGCGGCCGACCCUUACCAUACGGGGUACAAUCAGGGACAGAAACUAACCUACUAGCUUCAACGCGACCAGAUACAGAAACAGCCACUUAAUAGUCCUAAAGCGAUCAGGAACAAAAAUCAUAAGAAAUCGUAUUUCUUGGUGUUCGUUUUGAUUUUAUUUUGAUUUUUGGUAUUUGUUUUUUUUUUUUUUUUUUUUUUUUGUCAUAUCAAAAUAAAAGCUUUUUACUAUUUAAA